UUGAUGAUCUUAGAGGUCUUUUCCAACUUUAAUGAUUCUGUGAUUCUAUAAUUACAGACAAAGAUGCUGGAUCCAGGUCUGGUGCUGAUUUCUAGGGAUAUUAGCAGGAGACGAAUAAUCUGCACUUGCCUUGUGGUGCAGGGUGUCUCUAAUACCAUCUCCCUUCUGGCUGUAACACAGGGAGUCAGCAGACAGGGUUGUCCUGCACAUGGGAAAAUAUGAGGAACUGAUCGUCUGCUCCCAUGAAAUCGCUGCCAGCACAGCCCAGCUCGUGGCUGCUUCCAAGGUGAAAGCCGAGAAGAGCAGCAGGAACCUGGCCCGGCUCCAGGAGUGCUCGCGCAACGUCAACGAGAUGGCGGCCAACGUGGUGGCUUCCACCAAGUCGGGGCAGGAGCAGAUCGAGGAGAAAGACACCAUGGACUUUUCGGGCAUGUCCCUCAUCAAGCUGAAGAAGGAAGAGAUGGAAACACAGGUGAAGGUGCUGGAGCUGGAGAAGCGGCUGGAGGGGGAGCGGGUGCGCCUGGGCGAGCUGAGGAAGCAGCACUACGUCCUGGCCGGGGGCUGCGACGCGGCAGCAGAGGAUGGGGAGGCCAGGCCGGCACCGGCCCCCCGACGAGGCAUCCUCAAGAAACCCCCCAUCGCCCAGAAACCCGGCCACGGGGAGCCCGAGCGAGACGCCGGCCUGUGUCCCCCUCACGGGGCCAACGUCUAGCGGGGGCUGCCGGGGGUCCCUGGGAUCACGUUGCCUUCGCGCUGCUGUGCCUUCACGCGCGGGGUCUCCUCACCGCCCGGCCUGGAAAAAAACCCAAACUGGAUUUUUUUUUUUAAAGAAUAUAUUUUAUUUUUUAGGUUUUUU